CGAGGAUGUCGUUCAUGUCAGCCCAAAGUUGGCGUUCCAGCUCAGAGUCCGAUGCUGCCAAGGUACCGGCGUCGCCAUCGGUGGGGAACCCCGGAGGCAUGGGCACCUCAACGGGAACACGAGGGUGCCGGCGAGCAGGCAAUGGCUUCACAGGACGAGCUGGGGGAGAGCAGUCAUCGGACUUCGCAGGGACUUCCUCGACCACGGGGAGGGCAUCAACGUCGACACUGGACUCAACAUCGAAGACGUCGACCAUGACCACAUCUUCGUCGAUCGGUGUCGAGGGGACAGAGCCCAAGGAGGAAGCAGUGGAGGAGGAGUCUGUGCGGGACAUGAAAGGGGGCACCGGCGGGAUGGGCUCCCAGUCCAUGGCGGAGUCGUUCGUAGGCUCGGAACUCGAGAUAGCAUCGACGGGCAUGCCAUCAGGAAUGGAAGGAGAGCGAGGAAUUGACUCUGCAGGCGAAGUCCAGCAGGACUGAGAGAGGGGGGAGGGGCCUCUCUUGAUUGUCGGAGCAAUAAGGGAGUUUACAGAAGUCG